AUGUCCCCGUCGUCGACGGGUGACUCGCCCCGAUCCGCUACUGCGGCGGCCGCUCGCCCUUUCCCAGUGCCCUCGAGUCAUACUUUUAACCCGGAAGUUCCUCCCCCUUCCCUCACCUCAGUCACCAACGGCACUCACCCGCUCAAGUCGCCUUCGGCCACGCUCAAGGUUCAGAGGACGCAGAGUUUUAGCAGGGAUGGUAUUCUCGGAGCUGCACAGAAGGCCCGGAACAUGUCGCAGUCAUCCGAUCCUCGCGCUGGUUCGGAAACGGCCAAUGGUCUGAACAAGACGCCCAGUGAUGAAGGCUCUAAUCCGCUCAAGAGGAGGAACACUGACAUUGGCGUUGAUUAUCCGCGCAGGAGAGCCACCAUUGCCUGCGAAGUUUGCCGGUCACGCAAGUCCCGUUGCGAUGGAACCAAGCCCAAGUGCAAGCUCUGUACCGAGCUGGGUGCCGAGUGCCUUUACCGAGAACCGGGAAUCAAACUGGACGCUGGUGACAAACUGAUUCUAGAACGUCUGAACCGCAUCGAGAACCUGCUGCAGAUGAAUAUGGUCGCCGGUCAGUCUGGCGGCGGUAUGCAGAUGAACCAUGAGUCCCCUUCGAUGAGCAACGGCUCCGGCCUCAACGACAACAUGAUUGGCGUCGCCGGUACCACUAAUUUUACCUCCAUUAUUCCCAGCGGCGGCUUGGGUACCUGGCACAACCCCACGAACAUCUCGACCAUGCCCAAGAUUCACACCAACGCGGCUCUGCACCUUUUGCAGUGGCCGCUCAUCCGCGAUCUCGUCUCUCGCCCGUAUGAUCCGCAGAUCCUGCUCCAGCUUGAGAUGGCCCGUGAGCCGCUGCACUCGUUGACCAAAACGCCGUGCGUCGAUCUCUCCAACACCACCGCCUAUAUCGAAGCCUACUUCGACCGCGUGAACGUUUGGUACGCCUGCGUCAACCCUUACACGUGGAGGAGCCACUAUCGGACCGCUCUAUCCAACGGCUUCAGGGAAGGCGCCGAGAGUUGCAUCGUUUUGCUCGUUUUGGCGCUGGGCCAGGCGAGCUUGCGAGGUAGCAUUUCGCGUAUCGUGCCGGGAGAAGACCCGCCCGGGCUGCAGUAUUUCACCGCCGCCUGGGCAUUGCUCCCUGGCAUGAUGACGUCCAACAACGUCUUGGCGGCGCAGUGCCAUCUCCUUGCGUCAGCUUAUCUGUUUUACUUGGUCCGGCCACUCGAGGCGUGGAACCUGCUCUGCACGACGAGCACCAAACUGCAGCUCCUCUUGAUGUCUCCCAACAGGGUGCCGCCCAAUCAGAGAGAAUUGACGGAGCGCAUCUACUGGAACGCCCUCCUAUUCGAGAGCGAUCUGCUCGCCGAGUUGGACCUACCGCAUUCCGGAGUCGUCCAGUUCGAGGAGAAUGUCGGUCUCCCCGGUGGUUUCGAAGGAGAAGAGUCUGAGGCUAUCGGACGCGACGAUCUCUGGUAUUUCCUGGCCGAGAUCGCUCUCCGGCGGCUGCUGAACCGGGUCAGCCAGCUUAUUUAUUCCAAGGACUCGAUGGCUUCGACCACCAGUUUGGAGCCUGUAGUGGCCGAACUCGACUUCCAGCUGACCCAGUGGUACGAGAGCUUGCCGAUACCCCUGCAGUUCCCGUUUACCCGCACGGCCCUGCCGGAUCCCGUGCAGACCGUGCUCAGGCUGCGGUUUUUUGCAUGCCGCACGAUUAUCUACCGGCCGUACAUCCUGGCCGUCCUAGACAAUGAACAGGCCAUCCUCGACCCGGCUGUCCGGGAUAGUUGUCACAAAUGCUUGGAGGCAUCUAUCCGACAGCUGGAGCAUAUAAACGCACACCACGCCGGGCAUAUGCCGUAUCUUUGGCAGGGCGCCUUGUCGAUUGUGUCCCAGGCACUCCUGGUCAUGGGAGCGACCAUGUCGCCCUCCCUUUGCAGCAUCCUCCUCAACCUCUGCGGAAGCCGCGAGACGAUCGACCAGAUCAUCAAUGACGUCGUCAUGGAAGUCGAGCGCUACGCCAUCUUGGCUCCCAGCCUAAGCUUGGCGGCCGAAAUUAUCAAGGAGGCCGAAGUGAGGAGGCGGGCGUUUCUCAGCGGGUGA